UCCCGAACCACCCUCUGAGAACCGCUGACCUAGAGUAACCACAAGACCUCUAGCCCAGGGAAACCCAAAGCGAAAACCUCGCGGGAUGCCCCCCCCGGGGGGGGGGGAGGCGCUCUGCUUAGCACUGAGCCCUGAAAAUGCCCCCUGAAAACGCCGGGUCUAGAAACGAGUCCAAAACCUGCCACCCGCGCGCCGGGGCAGGGCCAGAACUGGCUGCGGGCGGCGGGGCUCCCCCGAGGCUCCGGGCUGAAGCUGGGGCGGCUCCGGAAGCACGAGCCGACGGCCAGCCCGCCGCAGAUAGACCGGCCCCCGGGGGGAGGAGCGCGGCCGGGUGCUCCCCAGGUAGCCGCCGUCGCCGUCCCUCUCCCACUUCUCUGCUCCGCCGCCUCCCGGGAUCCAGGCAGGAACUCAACGCCGCGCGUCCCCGGCCGGCACAGGCGCCCCUCCGCAGGCCCCAGGCGCUUCCACGGCGCGAACGCGGAGGCCACCCCGGCCUUGCGGAGAGUGAGGCCGGGAUUGUGGCGGAGAUUUGGAGUUUGUGUGACAGUUACCAGACUAUGUUUACACUUCUGGUUCUCCUCAGCCAACUGCCCAUAGUUAACUUCGCGUUUCCUCAUUGCACAAGAAGGCCGAAGGAGUCCGGGCAUGCUCGAGAAGUCUUCACAUCAAAAGAAGAAGCAAAUCAUUUCAUACAUAGACACCUUCUAUACAAUAGAUUUGAUUUGGAGCUCUUCACGCCCGGUGACCUAGAAAGAGAGUGCAAAGAAGAACUUUGUAAUUAUGAGGAAGCCAGAGAAAUUUUUGUGGAUGAAGACAAAACGAUGGCAUUUUGGCAAGAAUAUUCCAUCAAAGGACCAACCACAAAAUCAGAUGGCAACAGAGAAAAAAUUGAUGUCAUGGGCCUUCUGACUGGAUUAAUUGCUGCUGGAGUAUUUUUGGUUAUUUUUGGAUUACUUGGUUACUAUCUUUGUAUCACCAAGUGUAACAGGCAACAAUAUCCAGGUUCUUCAGCUACCUAUGUAAGAAGGGGCCGACCCACUCCCUCCAUCAUUUUCAGAAGACCUGAGGAGGCUGCCUUGACUCCAUCACUACCUUCCAUGGAAGACACAGGAUUACCUUCUUAUGAACAGGCAGUGGCACUAACCAGAAAACACAAUGUUUCCCCACCGCCACCAUAUUCUGGGCCAGCAAAAGGGUUUCGAGCAUUUAAAAAGUCUAUGUCGCUCCCAUCUCACUAAGCCCAUUGUGGUGGUAUAGGACAUUCAUGUUAUUUGAAUGGUUCGUUUUCCCUGCACCAAAGAGACAUGUCAUAUCAGCCCUUAUGACAAACUCUAAGGAGCAAAGAAAGAAUAAGCAUGUGUAUGACACUGCAGAAGUUAUGUUGGCAUCUUGGACCUGAACUUGAUCAUUUUCAGCUUGAUAAGAAACUUUGACUCCAUGUCCUUGCAGUAAAGAAGAGAGCACUUUUUGUUUAUUUUAAUGGUUCAAAAACUCUGUGUUAUGGAUGCCAUAGCUAGAACUGGUAAACUAUCCUUUGUAUAGAUAAAGGUUAUAGAUUUCUUGUGUUGAAUAUAAAAAAAAGAAUUUCUGAUCAGUAGAUUAUCCAAAGUCAGCAUGUUGGACUCACCAUUUAUUAGGAUUUCUUUUUGGUUGGAAAUACUUUACAAAAUUUGAUACUUCAGUAUAAAUUGGUGGCCUUAAUAUAAUCACCGGGUUUUACAUUUUAAAUAAUUGCAUAGCAUUGAACCAUAUUUUGUAGGUUUUAGUUGUUAACAAUUACUGUCAGUCAUGUUUUGUUAUGGGGAGUAGGGUAAGUCAUUAAAAAAAAAAUCACUUGCUAGGGAGUUAGUUCUUCAGAGGGUACAGGGUUGCAAUGGCAAGGAUUUGUAAGAGCUGUAAUAUUAUCAAAUAAAUACACAGGCUUCAAAUAUAGGAGUGACUAGCACUUGAUAAAGUUGCCCAUACUACUGGCAAGUAGACACAUCCAUUUUCAUUGCUAAAUUAUCUAUAUAUAGCUAUAUAUAAUUGUUUAUCUUGAAAAUGUGUUGAAGUUUAUAAAUAACAGUUUGAGAACCUAGAAAAAUUAAUUUACUUUUCUGCUAUUAAAAUAAUGCUGACUAGGAGCGCCUGGGUGGCUCAGUCAUUUGAGUG